AUGGCAGCACUCACUGAUGGUGACGACUACGACGCCAGCGAAACAUCUGAAAAUGUCUUCGGCGUUCCGCCCUGCGACCCCGAUGAAUCGAUGCUGAGUUUUCGUCCGUCAUGUGACAGACAUCGUCAGAGCAGGACACCAUGGUGUGCAAAAAAGCGACCUGGUCGCAGCCGGCCAUCUUCUCUCCUGAUUUACCAUGUUUUUGCUCUAUUCCGUAAAGUAUGGAUUCUUGAGGAUGUCUGUCAAAGUACACAUGAAAGCUUAGCACUGGUUUAUCUGGUUCUCAGAAUGGUGAGCCAAGGACUUCUUCGUACAAUUCAACAGUCUUCCCUACGGGGCAAUCCUCCUUUGGUUUCCCGAUCGAAGUAUGUUGAAGCUAUCACAGAAAGCAUACUGAAGCUGCAAAAGUCUCAAGAAAUCGAAGAGAUACGUCGCUACUGGUGGCGAAGGUAUAACAUCACAACGCCUUGCUCUGAAUUAAAUCCUGCCAAAAGUACGGACACUAGCUCACUCGGGGUUGGUCAAGUUGGUGGCUGCUUUGUCAUGCUAUUCGUUGGCAUGGUGAUGGCUUUACUUGUCAGCUUUCUGGAGCUUAUUUAUCGUGUACGAAAACGAUUGGGAAGGAACAAGGAGUGGGUCGACCUCGUUGUUACAACUUGGUCUUGUUGUCAGGGUGACACAAUAGAACGCACCUUGUCCGAAAUCCUCUGCCAUAGUAAUUAUCAUAAUUCCCAGCAUCAGUCUGUGGAGUUGGCAGAGGACUUCGGACGAAGUGGGCUCUACCCAGGCGAAGUAAUAGAAAGAAGCCUACUGGCCGUAAAAAGCCGAUGA